AUGUCUUUGAAAUCUGGAAAUACAUUGUUUGCAUUUGUUGCUUCCAAUCCUCAGGCAACAUUCCGGAAAGUCUUGCCAUUGUCACUCACUUCGGCGCUUAUUUUAUACCUUCAUCUCACUUCUCACCGGCCUACAAUUCCACAUGAGACUGCGGGCGGAGUGGCUGAACCUGUUAAGCAGUCUCAUAACGGGACUGAUGGGCUGGAUCGAGUAGAAACCACAGACUUACCUCAGACCGGAGUGGAAGAUCUCAUUCAAGUCGGCAUAACCGACCUGAACAACACAUACACACCAGAAGAACUGAUGAGUCUUCCUAUACUACAUCAAACUUUGAUGGAUCCGUUUGAUCCUUUGAACGGGCUUAAACCUCUUCGGGAUUCCAAGUCCCCAUGUCAAUCAACCUCCCAAAAUGGUGCCCUCCUAAUCAAACAACUGAGCAGGAACCGGUUUCCUCCCCCCGACUCGAUUGAUUCAUCCCGUGGAAGCUCACCGCCACCAAUACCCACUUGGCCCCCAAGGACACUCCUCCGAGACAAAGAGGAAUCACUUAAAACCCCGAUUCCCAAGCACAAGAUAGCAGGCUUGAAUGCCAGUUAUGUUUGGGAGGGCAAGGAAAAAAUCCAAGAAGGCAAAUUGCCAAAGAUUCAGUGGCUCGGGUUCGAUAAACCAGACUGGGAGACCCCCACAGAUCGGAUCAAUCGCUUAGAGUGUCAGGCUUGGGUUAGACGUGGAUUUCAACAUGUCUGGGAGGGUUAUAAAGCCAAAGCAUGGGGGCAUGACGAAUUGAAACCAAUCUCAGGAUUGUUCCAAGAUCCGUUUGCUGGCUGGGGGGCACCUUGGUUGAUUGUCUUAUUUAUUCCAGUCCCCAGAGAACCCCGAAAAUAUUGGGAAUUUGGAGAAAUCCAUUAA